AUGGCCGCGCAAGCGUUGCUGGACACGUGCUCAACAGCACACUUCAUCACGGAAAGGCUCGCAAGCCUUUUACGAUUGCCUAUGCGGGCGUGUGCAAUUCCGGUGGGCGCAAUUGACAAAAUGAGUAUGAUGUCUCGACUUCAAGUCGAAAUCGCGAAUUCGAUACCGGAUCGAAUGUUUCCGCGCGAGUUAGUUCAGCUUCCGGCGAACAUUCAGCUGGCCGAUCCGCAAUUUCAUAUGCGGCGUCCGGUCGACAUUUUAAUUGGCGCCGGAGCCACACUCUCGAUGCUAUGCGUCGGACAAAUUAAUCCAUUGCAAAACAACAGCGAUUUAAUCUUGCAAAAAACGCGGCUAGGAUGGGUAAUUGCGAGGGGUAUUCGCGAUAAUAAUAAGAGUCAACGGACUUGUUGCACACUAGCAGAGUUAUCCGCGCAGUUAGAAAAAUUUUGGACAAUAGAAAACGUAGGAGAUAAGUCUGAUAAACUUUCAGACGAUGAAAGGUGCGAAGCGCAUUACGUGAAGAAUACAACUCGUGACGCGAACGGGCGUUAUAUCGUGAGACUGCCUUUCCGAACGAACAACACGGAUCUAGGAUAUUCGCAAGCUCUUCGACGUUUCUAUUCACUUCAGAAACGGCUCAGGGCAGAUUCUCGCGUCAACGCGGAGUACAGUAGAGUCAUGAACGAAUAUAUAACACUCGGUCACAUGUCUUUAAUCAAGAGUGAACCGGAGGACGGAUAUUUCUUACCGCAUCAUGCGGUUAUUAAAGCAUCAAGCAAUACCACAAAGAUUCGCACCGUAUUCGACGCCUCCGCGAAAACCAAUCGCGGCAUUUCACUUAACGACGUGUUGCUAGUCGGGCCAAUGAUAAACUUCUCGAUCAUUUAUUGCGAUUUCGCGUGCAUAAGUACGUCGUAA